AUUGCUUUUUUCCAUCAUUUGAAUUUUGAAACAAAAUUUCAGUUUCCAAUUUCUGGUUUCUUAUUCAAUAGAUGUUAAGAGCUGUGCUGUUUCUGUGGCUGUGGAUAUCUGCUUUAUUAUUCUUAUGUGUCUUAGGCGGAAAGGAAGAAGAACUUUUAGCAGAGCAUAACAAUGCGCGCAAGAAUCAUGGGUGUGGCCCUCUAGUCUUAGAUCGAGCUCUAUGCCGUGAAUGUGAAAAAUACGCCGAAGAGAUAGGACAUAAAGGGAUUGCUUAUUCGGAAGCUAACGGAAAAUAUGGGGAAAAUAUAUUGAUAACAAAUGACUACAAAAAGGCUGUUCAAAUUUUUAAUGCAGAGCGAGUUUUAUACAGGGCCGUCAAACCUGAAUUUUCCGAAGACUACAGACUCUUUACGCAACUGAUUUGGAAAAAUACAACCACCCUUGGUAUUGGCAUGCUUAACAAUAAAGAAAACACCAGAUAUUUGAUUGUUGCAAGAUAUUUACCAGCUGGUAAUAUUCCAGGACAAUUUAAGGAAAAUGUUCCACCAUAUCAGUACCGUCUCAGUGCAGCCGAUUCACUUCACAAAGCGUAUCGACUGCUUUGCAGUUCAUUUUCCUCGUUAAUCAUUUUAAGUUUAGGCGUUAAGAUGUACUUUUGAUUGUUAACAAUUAAAUUCGAAUUUUCCUAUCAGCAA